CGGGUGUCGCUCGGGGCUCAAAAACUGUGCCCGUGUUUACUACAAGUCAGUCACACGCGCACCUGUUGACCCGCACGCACAGGCAGCACUCAACCCUCAUGGUACGCGCGCCCCUCUGCACGUGCCCGCCGCCCACGCCCCGCGCCCCUACGGCUGUUUGUCUUUGCCGCGCCGCGAGAAACACAGACAUUACAGUGUCGCGAGAGCCGAGAGGGACUCUAAAAUGUUACCCGGAUUGUGCAGUGACGAAUCGCACCCCAUGAGUAGUGGUCAUUAUGUUUUUGGUUCGAUGUUGGUGAAUGACAGCUCGUCGACGCCGUACUCGGAUGCGACGCAGACCAAGAAGCACCCGCCCAACCACGUGAAGCGCCCCAUGAACGCCUUCAUGGUGUGGUCGCAGCUGGAGCGCCGCCGCAUCGUGUCCCAGACGCCCGACAUGCACAACGCCGAGAUCUCGAAGCAGCUGGGGCGCCGCUGGAAGCUUCUGACGGAGGAGCAGCGGCGCCCCUACCGCGACGAGGCGCAGCGCCUGAAGGUGCUGCACCGCCUCGAGUACCCGGACUACAAGUACCGCCCGAGGAAGAAGAACGCGAAGGGCUGCGCGCCGCCCCUGGCGUCCCUGCCCGGAGGCGCCGGGGACGUCCUUCGAGGCGUGGCUCUCGGCGGCGGCGGGAGGGUGUCCAAGGGCCGGUCGCCCCUCGUCGGGGGGACGCACUCGCCGCCCGCCAACGCCGCCACCGUCAUCAAGAUGCGCGAGUGCCUCCGGGCGGCGAACCUCAAGCACCUGGCCAGCAAGGCCGCCGUGCCCCCCUCGGCCGCCCCGCAGCAGCAGAAGCCGCAGCCGAUGUCGCCGAGCGCCCGCCUGCCCACGAGCCCUUCGCACGACCUCCCCGACUCGCCCGAAGGAGCUGCGACCUUCAAGAACCGCGCCCUCCGCUCCGCCGACCACGCCGUGAAGGAGGAGCGGCGCGGCGACCCCAUGUACUGCAGCGGCGGCGCGCCCGAGGCAGGCUUCGGCUGGCCCAGCGACCUCCUGUUGGCGUCCUCGCCCUCCGCGCCCCCGGUGGAAGCCGCGCCCCUCGCCGAGGACCCGCCCACGCUCGCCGACCUGGACAACAUCGGCGUGAAGGACCUGGUGCCGCUGUCGCCGGGCCUGGCGCUCGACCUGCACGCGCUCGGCUCCGACAUCGAGCUCUGGCCGGCGCACGAGGCGGGGCGGGACCCUAGCGCCCCGAGGGACCUGGCGACGCCCCCGACGCCCUACCACAGCGGCCUGCAGGACCCCUGGACGCAGGCGCUGUGGGAGGACGACGUCGAGUCCUUCGUGGAGGAACUGCAGAUCAAGUACCAGCCGCUGCAGCUCGAGGCCAGUCCGCCCACGGCGAGCCAGGCGGGGGCGGCGUCCGCGUGGCUCCGGCCCGCCCUCGAGGUGUCCUACUCGCUGGGCGACCCCUCGAGAUGAGCGGGGGGCGCCGGCGUCCUGCGCGACCUCGCCCCCUUCGUCACGGCGAGCUGGUCUCCGCCUCUUUGCUUUCUCUCUCCUCAAGCCUCUCUGCGCCCCUCCUGGACCGCAAGUCUCCGAACGCGGCGGGUUUUGUGUCUCUCCCCGGGGACAGCGCCGCGCGGAGGGUGACAGCGCCUCCGGCAAGAAAUGAUCUCAAAUCACGGCCAGACACACUUCCCAGCUCCCCUUUCCUCCUAUUUUUUCAACCUCUCUUUCUUCUUUUUUCGUCGUCAACGGUUCAGCGCUUCCGACAUCCAGACCGAAGACGUCCCCCUGGACAAAGAAGAAAGUGUUCAUUUCUUCCGUUUUGUUGGUCCAAGGCGAACCCGGACAUCUGUAUGCUCUCGAUCUGUCUGCUCACGGUCGACGUCCGCAGGGCAUGGCAGCUUAUUUGGCCAGGAGUUCUCGUUCUGCUGUGAUAGAAGUUUCAGUUUUUUGUACUAUUUUGUUUUAGCGAUAAGGAAAGCAAUGUGUUAAUCUAGUCUUUUUACAUUUCUUUUGUUGUGCAAAUCGUCCUGUUGGGUUGAGCUAAUUUUUUUGCUACUGGUUAGCAGUGUCUUGAUAACAGAAUUUUUUAUAUAUGGAUAUAAUCUUUACAAUGACAGUUUUAUAGCAAGGAUGAUAUGAGAUAAGAAAGAUUGACUGAUUCAUCUCAUGACUAAUAGAUGGCGCUGAUGAUCACAGUUUGACGGUGCGAACGCCAUCUAUUGACUGAACGCGAUACUCAAUCAACCUCUUUCUCCUUCUCUCCUAGAUUAGUGUCUCGUUUGUUAGCAAAGAAAAUAAUCCUGUUUGUUUGCUUAUUUCAGUAACCCAAGUGUUUUUUUUUUUUUAUCUGCGUAUAGUCGGCUAAUUGCCCUAACUUUGACGUGGCCCAGCUUGGCCUGGGAUUUGGAAUACUGGCCCAGGUGGUCUUGUGAAGAUAUUUAUUGGAUAUUUUGGGACGGGGGUUCGGCCGCCCAAAGGGGUUCUCAGAUCAAAUGUUCGAUAACUUGCUUAAUCAAUAUUUUUUCAAUCCAAACCUUCAAGUUGAACAUGAACAUCACAGUAUUCACGUCAAUCCAGUUAUCUCGUGAUUGUAGUCAUUUAAAGUGAAAAUAUCGAUGUUAAUUAUAUAUAUUGUAUAUUGUAGAAAGCUUAAAUGUACAGAAUAUUGGAUAAAAUGGAUAAGAGUCAUUUUUUUCUGAGAGUACCUAUGGACGCACAUACCCUCAUACAUGUUAUUGGAUUUUCUGUUAGUGAAGUGAGUUGAAACACUUCGCUACAACAGAAUUUGAGCAAUUUGCAUAUUAAAAUCGAAUAUAUUUAUUUUGAAAAGAGUGUAUCUGAGUAAUUUAACUGUGAGAUAAA